AGUUCAGUCUCAGAGAAUGUAUUUACUUGUUCACAGUUGUAUGACAGUUGGUGCCAGCAUUUUAGAAAGGGCAAAUAAAAGCGCACAUAAAAUGUGGUCUAGGUGAAGGGUCCAAAGGUCACAUUUGACAUAUGAAGGCUGACACAGAAUUUCAUUAAUAAGAGUUUUGACUCCAUUUAAAUGAAGUGAACACAGUGCAGAUAUAAGGUUAAGAUUGCUCAGGAAAUUGUGUUCAUUCUACAAAGGUGUGCAGAAUUUACGUCACAUUAAGUCAUAUACAGUCAGUUAAUCCCGUUGUUCACCACAUAUAUAGCCUCUGUUCAUUUUUUAUGAGAAGAAAUGUCUUCUGUCACUAUUUGUUUAAUUCGUAUUCGACCAUGGCAUCAUGCAGUACUUCAGUGCUAUACAUACGGCACAUACCACAGAGCACUAGGACAAUCAACUUCUUCCUGUUUUCAAGUUACAAGACGACACAUGUCUAUUUCACCUCUGAUAAAUGAUCCAAAGUACUCGUUCUUGAGGAAUGAAUUGGAUCUUAAAGAGGAGAACAAUGGAGUGUUUGAUGGCACAUGGUUUGGAAAUGGCGAUGUAAUAACAUCAGUGUGCCCAGCCAAUGGUCAUGAAAUUGCAAAGGUACGUGCUGGCAAUAUUUCUGACUACAAUCGUUGUGUGGAGGCUGCACAACAGGCGUGGUGCUCAUGGGCUGAUCUCCCUGCACCAAGGAGAGGAGAGAUUGUGAGGCAGAUAGGAGAUGCUCUGCGGUCGAAGCUUGAGCCUCUAGGAAAAUUAGUCUCCCUUGAAAUGGGUAAGAUUCAAACAGAAGGUGUUGGGGAAGUGCAGGAAUAUGUGGAUGUUUGUGACUUUGCUUGUGGGCUCUCCCGCACUUUGAAAGGCCAGUUAUUGCCUUCAGAAAGGCCUGGACAUGUCCUUUUGGAAAACUGGAACUCACUUGGUGUUAUUGGUGUCAUCUCUGCAUUCAACUUUCCAAUUGCUGUUUAUGGCUGGAAUAGUGCCAUUGCUAUGGUGUGUGGAAACAGUGUGCUGUGGAAAGGUGCACCCUCAACUCCACUGGUAUCAGUAGCAACUACAAAAGUUGUGUCAGGUGUCCUGGAGGCAAAUGGAAUUCCUGGUGCAGUGUGCUGUCUCUGUUCUGGUGGCAGUGACAUUGGGGAGACCAUGGCCCGUGACACCAGACUUCCUCUUCUGUCCUUCACUGGAAGCACGCAGGUUGGGCACCAGGUUGGUAUGUUGGUUCAAGAGCGGUUUGGACGUCACCUGCUUGAACUUGGUGGCAAUAAUGCUCUAAUUGUGCACCAUGAUGCUGAUCUGGAUAUGAUGGUGAGAGCUGCUGUGUUUGCAUGUGUGGGGACAGCCGGUCAGCGCUGCACAACUACUAGACGACUCAUUCUGCACACCAAGGUUUAUAAUCAGGUGCUGACACGUCUUAAGGCAGCUUAUACACAAGUGCUGUUGCGUGUAGGUGAUCCUCUAGAUAAAAGGACUCUCAUUGGCCCUCUACACAGUGCUGCUGCUGUCAGGAACUAUCAGGAUGCAAUAUCUGAAGCAGUGGAGGCUGGAGGAACCGUUGAAUUUGGAGGGAAAGUGAUCCAGAGACCUGGCUUCUUUGUUGAGCCAACUAUUGUGACAGGCUUGCCUCAUAAUGCAAGUGUUGUGCAUAAAGAGACAUUUGCUCCAAUUGUUUAUGUGCUGAAGGCAGAGAGUUUGGAUCAGGCCAUUAUGUGGAACAAUGAGGUACAUCAGGGACUCUCGUCCAGCCUCUUUACUGCCAGUCUGGACUCCAUAUUCAAGUGGAUUGGACCAAAGGGCUCUGACUGUGGCAUUGUGAAUGUGAAUAUCCCGACCAGUGGAGCAGAAAUAGGAGGGGCUUUUGGUGGGGAGAAACACACAGGAGGUGGACGUGAGUCUGGGAGUGAUUCCUGGAAGCAAUACAUGAGACGUUCUACUGUCACUAUCAACUAUAGCAAAGAACUACCUCUGGCACAAGGAAUUCGAUUUGAAUAAUCAGUUCCAACACUAAAAUUUCAUUUGACAUUUCUUUGGUCUCUUAAUUACAUUUCAGUUUGGCUGAUACAAUUUCUCAUCUUAUUGGCUAAAAUACCACAGGAUGCCACUGAAUUAUUUCACAGCUGCCUAAAAUACAUCAUUAAUGUAAGACACUGACUGUAUGUUGAGGCUGCGAGAAUGUGAUUUUGUGUUCUCACAGAAACAUGGCUGGUCCCAGAUUUAGUGGACAUUUUUUUUCUAGUCCCAGCUGAAGCCCAAUUUAAACUGCAUAAUAUGAGUGUGUUCCCCUAUUGAAUUAAUAUUAAUUUAAUAAAUAGCCGAAAUUUAAUGUAAGAAAUUCUUGAGUUCUGAAACUACUGCUUUAAUUGUUGUUAGUGUGGCUGAAACAAAGUUGAGUUUCAUGUUUGGGCCUGGACAAAUUACUAUUUCAGAAAAAUAUUUGCUGUACACAGUGAUGCUGAUAAGUGGAAUAUACUUGGAAAGAUGUGCAUUUCUCGCUUAUAACAAUCAUGGAUUUUAGUAAAAUCUGUUGGAGGAAGCA